AUGGCACCGUCGCCUCACACGUCGACAGUCACUGCGCCUUGCACGUCUUCAUGUGUGGCACCGCCACCUCCACCACCGAUGCCCAAGAAGUGCCCUCUCGAUCUUCCAGAGAGCUUCGAGUUCGCCCACCUCAUCGUUCGCGUCGACUCCGCCAACCCUGACAAGGCUCUCGGAAAUUACCUCAAUGGCACCGUUUCGCCAAGCGUUUCGUCCAUUUUCAACUUCGAUUUCCCGGAGAACUUGGCAGACAAGACUUGCCACUUGUACUUCUCUCUUCCUGAGCAUGACCAGCUGGAGACUUCCGCAUACGAGUUCGGCGGCGAGGGCAAGUUCAAGGUGUCCUACCUCAGCGGCGUUGCCUCCAAGGAGACCGCGUACAAUAACGCACCCAAGGUCGAUGACGUCCUCAAGGAGUUCACGCUGACGCCCGGCACCGCUGUCGCCAUCAGCGAGCGUGAGGGCUGCGCAGCAGGCCAGACCGUGAGCUUCGAGAUGUCUGCAGUUGGCGACUCAUAUCUCAACUACUUCCAGGAUUUCAAUCCUUACCGUGAGUUCAGCCCACUGCCUCCAGAUCUGAUCACUGCUGACCUCCUCUUCCCAGCGAUCGGCCUCUACGUCAUCCCCUCGUAA